GACGUCACGCGGAUCGUGUGAUGACGUCACAGCGACUCUUAAAAGACAAAGAUGGCCACGGACAGGGUGAGGGGCAUCAGUCUGGCGGCGCUGCAGCAACGCGACCCGUACGUCUCGGGCAUCGUGGACGUGGCCAGCCAGGUCGCGCUCUACAGUUACAACACGGCCUCCAACGAGUGGGAGAAAACUGAAGUUGAAGGUACAUUAUUUGUAUAUGCCAGGUCUGCAUCCCCUCACAAUGGCUUUACAAUAAUGAACAGGCUGAGCAUGGACAACCUGAUCCAGCCCAUCACAAAAGAUCUGGACUUCAAGCUGCAGGAUCCUUUCCUGCUUUACAGGAUUGCAGACUUAUCCAUACAUGGCAUCUGGUUCUAUGACAAGAAUGACUGCCUUCGGAUUGCAAAUUUGAUGACCGAGCUAGCUCAAAAAUCGAGUGGGAAAAGCACAGAGAGUCGUGAAGCAUGCACAGAGAAAUCUGUUAAUAUCCUGGAGAUGCUGAACCGAGCACGGGAGGUGUACCAGCAGACGAGACCGGGACAGGAAACAAAUGCAGCCGGUGCCCCUGGCACCACAGAGAUACUCGCCGUUGCCCCAAUGACAAGUUUGACGCAUCAACAAGUGGCAAAUCCCCCAGAGGACUCCUGCAACAGACGGCUGAGCGUGGCGGCGCUGCUUGGUACAUGCGCACAGACGGACGGUGGAUGCAACGCCGCCCCUUGUGACUCCGUGUCCCAGGGGACCAAGUCUUCCUGCAAACUGGCAGUGGCGCGGGCCCUAUCCUACGAGCAGGCUGCACCCUCGCAGCAUACGACAGCUGGAGAGAGACAUGGCUUCCAGCAGGUGGCGCCGCAGGCCCACUUGCCGUACGCCGAUGCGUCUGUCCACGAGCCGCCGCCGCCGCCGCCGCCACACCCUGAGGGCCGGUGUCAGUUGCCCGCACAGGUUCACCAGUGCCUGCCGUAUGUGGUUGAGUGCAACAAAGACAGGGGCGAGAAUGAGCAGCUGCUGCAGAAGCUGCACGGCAACCGCAUUCCCGCGAAGCAGGGGGCCGCAAUGCCCAUCGUUCAAAGCUGCCCAGAUUUCGGCAGCCCGGUGACAGCUCGGCAGAUGCCGCCCAGCACCGCAGACUCGGGCGCUGCCACGGGCCAGGUUUGGCACAACGUCAGGCUGCCCCACGCGCCCGCCAUGCAACCGGGAAGCUGCUUUGUUCCGCAAGCAGGUGGCCCAGAAUCCCAGGGCGCACCUCAUCUGAGGAGCGCGCUGCAGCCCGCCGAUUUGCACGUGGUUUUGAAGAGCGGACAGACUCCGGGCGCGGUGCCGCAGGGGAACGGCUUUCAGCCAGUGGCUGGGCUCGUGCAGUCGAACACAGAGCCACCUCUCUUUGACUUGCUGCAGAAACUGCAGAUAGUUAAACCGGAGCCGCAGCAUCAGCACCAACAGCAGCACCAACAGAAGCACCAGCACCAACAGCAGCACCAACAGCAGCACCAGCAGCAACCUGGACAUACCGGUUGCAGUGAAACACAAGGGCCCAUAGUGACGCUUUUGUCACAGGAGGAUUUGAAAAAGUUGCCAAAAAGUGAUCGUGAAAACCUCACAUUACCAUUUCCUCACAUAACUGGGACGAUGGCGGCCGGAGUCCUGCUUUCACCGCAGACAUUUCAGCAGUCCUCCGUGAAAUUGUCAGCGCCCAAUGCUCCCAUUGCACAAGGCAUGCCUCCCCAGAUGGCCCACGAGACUUCUCAUGGUGUCGUGAGCAGGUCCCACCUGCAGGAAACCCUUAUUCACCUGCUCAAGAACGAUAAUGAAUUCCUCAAUGUCAUCUAUGAAGCAUACCUGGAAAGUUCAAGAAAAGCCUCUCUCAAUCUUUAAUUCAUCAUUGCCUCGAAAUUAGUGAAACUGGAAGUAAAAUGGCACUGUGAUGUAGAAAUUACUUGUACUUAAGGAAAGACAGUUAUCACAUCAUUAUUUUAGUUCUCCGUUCUUAAUACUCAAUGUUCAGCCUCAAGCUUUCUGACAUUUUUUAGAUGUAGCAAGCUGUUUAUUUUGUACAUGAGGUAAUCUUAUGGACAAAGUGAGAUAUAGCAUUUAUUAAUUUGUCUUUACUGAAUAAAAUGUUUUAAACCUGUUUCAGCAUUCCCUAUGGCGUUAUAAUUUACAAGUAAAUAAUUGUAUGAAUUUCACUACUUUUGUAGAUGGAAAUUUGCAGAAAUGUUUUACUAUUUUUAUCCUAAGUUUUGAAGAUCGUGUGUUUUUAUUUACGGAUUGUUGGAAGCUCAUGUAUAUUUGUACUUUUAUACUGUGAUUUCAAAGCUACCUGGAUUAUUGAAAGAAUGAUAAUGAAUUAAUCUCAUUGUAACAGGAGAGUUUUGCAGUAUGUUUGGGAAAGUAUUAACGAAUUUGGAGAGUAUUAAAAUUUGAGCUGUUUCAAUCAACUUAGUUAUUGUGACUGGCAAACGUUAUCACAUCCUCUUGCAUAUGCAGUGCACAGUAUAAUUGUAUUGGUCCUCACGGGCUUUCUGACUUCCACGAGCACAUGGAAAUCUGUGUAUCUUGUUCAAAACUUGUACGGCACAGACAUUUGAAAUAAAACAUUCAAACUGCA